GAAGGAGCUUGUUAUUUUCUGCAUAAUCUAUGGAGUGGAUAGUGGUUUGUGAGAUGGUUCUUCAUUGAUGUCCAUGGAUUGGAAUUUGAAAAGUCCCACUCAGUGGGACUGGGAAAAUCUUGGACUGAAUUUUGGUGAUAAGGAAUGUGAGAACCCUAGAGGUGAACAAGAAUCACAGUGGAAGAUUGAAGGAGAUAGAGCAAUUACUAAUGGGUCUGUAUAUUUGUCAGGGAUUGGUGCUUAUUCUGGCUCUGCAUAUGGUAGUGGAUGUUCACCAACAGGCUCCAUCUCUGCCUCUAUUGGCUCUUCAUCAAUGCCACAGACCAAAAUAACCGAGUUUGAUUAUCAGGCAGUUGAUUGGUCUUUCCAAAAGCCUUGCAUGACCAAAGAAUUUACCAGGGCCAGAGCUAUUGAUGCAUCUCCUUGUGUGGUGUCCACAGCUUGCCAAGGUGAGCAGCUGAUUGGGCUGAAGCUUGGCAAGAGGACCUACUUUGAAGAUGUUUGUACUGGAAGUAACAAUGGCAGCUCCUCCUCUUCUUCAUCGUCUUCAUCAUUGUCGUCAUCAUCCUUGACAUCGGUGAUUCCAGCUGUGACUUUGAGUAAGAAGUCAAAGGUGUCUUUGCAUAGCACACAGACUUUUUACUGCCAGGUUGAAGGUUGUCGCUUUGAUCUCAGUACAGCUAAAGAAUAUCAUCGAAAACACAGGGUUUGUGAAAGCCAUUCCAAAUGUCCCAAGGUCAUUGUUGCUGGUCAGGAGCGUCGGUUUUGCCAGCAGUGCAGCAGGUUCCAUGAAUUGUCUGAGUUUGACCUGAAAAAACGAAGCUGUCGUAGGCGUCUAUCUGAUCAUAAUGCUCGCCGUCGCAAGCCACCCCCAGAUUUGAUUUCGUUCAAUUCUGGGAGGUUCUCUCCUUCAUUUUUUGAUGAUCAAUGCCACAUGAACCCAAUUUGGAACAAAGCUUGUCCCACAAUGAAUUCAACUUGGGAUGCAUCAUUGGACUUCAAGCUUAUGCCUACAAGAGUGUCUUGGAUUAAGUCUGCGAAAACUGGAACCUUUAAUGAAGAUCUGCAAUGUCUGAGCUUUAGGCUUUCAAAUUCUUGCCCCUCACUCCGUAAUGACUUAGACAGACUCUUGCCAUUUAAGGGUGCCACUGCUGAAGCCCUCAUUCAAGGACCGGGAGCAUCAGAUGUUUCUCCCAACUCAGAUGGAGCACUGGAUCUCCAGCGUGCUCUCUCUCUUCUGUCAAAUGAUCCUCGUAGCUCUUCCUCAUCUGAAAUUCGUUCAAAUUCACUUGAUGCCACUGCCCAGCAGGCAAUUCAUCAACUAUACCAAGAUGGGGAAGAAGCUCUAAUUCAACAAGCAAAAAUGCAGUUACCAUUCAACAGGCAUGUUAAUGGUGGUCAGUAUGAUCAGUUGCUUAGAGCAUCGUCAUCAUCAGUUGAGGCUGAGGCUGCUUUAUAUGAUUCCAGUCAGAUACGCUGAUCCAUCAGCAGGUAAUGUAUAGCUUGCUGUUUGCUUUUGCUACAUCUCAUGGUAAUCUCACCGAACUGAGAGAAGAUGCCCAAUGAUUUCUUAGGUGAGCCUGAGCCCAGGAAGAAGGUUGUUUGUUAUGUGCUUGCUUCCAGUAAAAUUGUUUAUUAUAUAUUCAAGCCGAUCAGACUUGUAUUUCUAUUCGUGCAUGCAUUGUGAACACUUGGAACACAACGUUAAUAAAAAGUAAAUGAGAAUGUUGCAGUGGUA